UAAAAAUACCAUUGUUUAUCAUGUUUGUCUGUCAAACAUUUAAUUUUAACUCAAAAUAAACUUUGCUGCUCGCACCAUCGAAAACGACCGAAAAUACAAGCAAAACAAUAUUGCAUUCCUAGAUUCGCUUGCAAAGCAUUAAAUUUGAUCUCAACCAUCUAAGGAAUGUAUUAUGGCUGGCUUUGUAGCUGUUCAUACGGGGGCCGGAAAUUGUGUAAAUGAAACCAAAUAUAAAAAAAUUUGCAAGGAAUCAUGUGAGGUUGCAAUAUCUGUACUAAAAUCAGGCGAAACAGCACUGGGUGCGUGUGAAGCAGCAAUAGUAGCAUUAGAAAAUUGUGGAUAUACUAAUGCAGGCUACGGUUCAAAUCUAACAUGGGACGGACGAAUUGAAUGCGAAGCAUCAAUAAUGGAUGGGACAACACGACAUUUUGGCGCAUGUACGAAUCUCUCGAAAGUCAAAAAUCCAAUUCGAUUGGCACGAAUAUUGUGUGAACGGCAAUCGAAAUUACUCUCAAUGGAUCGAAUACCGCCGAUGAUUUUAAGUGGCGAAGGCGCUGUUAACUAUGCCAAAGACGUAAAUUUACCAAUUGUAAAUGAAGAGGAUAUGGUUUCGAACAAAGCACGCAAAACAUAUGAGCAUUACCAGCGAAAUAUCGAACAAUAUGAAAAUACGUUUAACGUUAAAGUAACGCCAUUAGAUACGGUGGGCGCUGUUGUUGUUGAUGCAUUUGGCAAUUGUGCGGCUGGUUGCAGUUCGGGUGGAUUGAUUUUAAAACUAUCGGGCCGUAUUGGUCAAGCCGCAUGUUACGGUGCUGGAUGUUGGGCAUCGAAAGACAAAAACAAAUCGUAUGCCACAUGCACCACCGGUAAUGGCGAAUAUCUGAUGCGAACAUUGCUAGCCCGUGAAAUUGUAUCGAAUUUGAAAAAUGACCAAUUCUCAAUUCAAUCAUUGUACAAUACAUUCAAGAAUGACUUCCUUGAGUCACCAUUUUUAAAACAUUUGGAUGAAAUUUAUGGUGGUGCCUUAACACUUGUGUAUGACUCCGAUUCGGGCGAUGGUGAACUUUUAUGGAGCCACACAACACAGUCAUUUUGCAUUGGACACAUGAGUACAAAACAAAAAUCGCCACGUUUUGUGUUUUCAACGCUACCAGACAACAAAAAACAAGGCAAAUCGAUCGCAGUUCAAAGUCAACCAUUCAAAGUGCCAAUAUAAUGUAUACAUUUGUUUAUUAUUUAUUAUUUGAUCAAUGUUUUGACUAUCAAUUACAUAUUUAUAUAUUAAAACAUUAAAAAAUGACAAUUAAAUGCCCCAUAAUAAUC